AAGCAGCUUUCGCCGUCAGGCACGGCGGUACGGAGAUGGCCGCGGCGGCGCUUCUGGCUGUGGUGGACAGGAACCAGCUGCGGCGGGUCCCGAUCCUGCUGCUGCAGCCGAGGGAAUGGGCCUGGAAGCAGAGGACCAUGAAGUAUGCCACAUCCUCAGGAAGAAACAUUACCAAGGUCCUCAUUGCAAACAGAGGAGAAAUUGCCUGCAGGGUGAUACGAACAGCCAAAAGGAUGGGUGUACGGUCUGUGGCAGUUUACAGUGAGGCCGACAGGAGUUCCAUGCAUGUAGACAUGGCAGAUGAAGCAUACUCCAUAGGCCCCGCCCCGUCCCAGCAGAGCUACCUCGCCAUGGAGAAAAUCAUCCAAGUGGCCAAGAGCUCUGCAGCGCAGGCCGUCCAUCCAGGAUAUGGUUUUCUUUCAGAAAACAUGGAAUUUGCUGAACUUUGUAAAAAAGAAGGACUUAUUUUUAUAGGUCCCCCUGCAUCUGCAAUUAGAGACAUGGGUAUAAAGAGCACUUCCAAGUCCAUCAUGGCUGCUGCUGGAGUGCCUGUUGUGGAAGGUUACCAUGGCGAGGACCAGUCCGAUCAGUGCCUGAAAGAGCAUGCUGGGAAAAUCGGGUAUCCUGUUAUGAUCAAAGCUGUCCGUGGCGGAGGAGGAAAAGGCAUGAGGAUCAUUAGAUCAGACAAAGAAUUCCAGGAGCAGUUAGAAUCGGCCCGGAGGGAGGCAAGGAAGUCUUUCAGCGACGACGCCAUGCUGGUCGAGAAGUUCGUGGACACACCAAGGCAUGUGGAAGUCCAGGUGUUUGGUGAUCACCAUGGCAACGCAGUGUACUUGUUUGAGAGAGACUGUAGUGUGCAGAGGCGACAUCAGAAGAUCAUUGAGGAGGCCCCAGCGCCUGGUAUUAAUCCUGAAGUAAGGAGAAGGUUGGGCGAGGCCGCGGUCAGAGCUGCACAGGCUGUCAAGUAUGUGGGAGCAGGAACUGUAGAAUUCAUUAUGGACUCAGAGCACAAUUUUUAUUUCAUGGAGAUGAACACACGGCUACAAGUGGAGCAUCCUGUCACUGAGAUGAUCACUGGAACUGACCUGGUGGAGUGGCAGUUCAGGAUUGCAGCCGGAGAGAAGAUUCCUUUGAGCCAGGAGGAAAUCCCUCUGCAGGGCCAUGCCUUCGAGGCUAGAAUCUAUGCAGAAGAUCCCGACAAUAACUUCAUGCCAGGGGCUGGACCACUGGUCCAUCUCUCUACCCCUCAGGCAGACACGUCUACAAGGAUUGAAACUGGAGUCCGGCAAGGAGAUGAGGUCUCCGUGCAUUACGACCCCAUGAUAGCAAAGCUCGUUGUGUGGGCCUCGGAUCGCCAGUCAGCCCUGUCGAAACUGAGGUACAGCCUCCAUCAGUACAACGUUGUCGGCCUGCGCACCAACGUGGACUUCCUGCUCCGCCUCGCUGGCCACCCGGAGUUUGAAGCUGGGAAUGUGCACACCGACUUCAUCCCUCAACACCACAAGGCACUGCUGCCCACUGACAGCGUCCUAGACAACGAGUCUGUGUGCCAGGCAGCUUUGGGGCUCAUCCUCAAAGAGAGAGAUGUGACCAGCGCUUUCAGGCUGCACACACAAGAUCAAUUCUCUCCGUUUUCAUUCAGCAGCGGGAGGAGACUAAAUAUCUCCUACACCAGAAACAUGACUCUGCGGAGCGGGGAAAAUGAUGUGGUCAUAGCUGUGACGUACAACCAUGACGGGUCAUAUGACAUGCAGAUUGAAAAUAAAACCUUCCGAGUCCUUGGCGAUCUUUCCAGCGAGGGAGGCUGUACCUACCUGAAGUCCUCUGUUGAUGGAGUAACCAGGAAAUCUAAGUUUGUCAUCCUGGACAACACUAUCUACCUGUUUUCCACGGAAGGCAGCAUUGAAAUCGGCAUUCCCGUACCGAAGUUCUUGGCUCCGGUGGGCCCAGAAGGAACUCAGGGAGGUACCGUCGCGCCUAUGACCGGAACCAUUGAAAAGGUGUUCGUGAAAGCUGGAGACAGAGUGAAAGCUGGAGACUCUCUGAUGGUCAUGAUCGCCAUGAAGAUGGAGCAUACCAUAAAAGCUCCCAAGAACGGCAGGAUAAAAAAGGUGUUCUUCAAAGAAGGCGCCCAGGCCAACAGACAUGCGCCGUUAGUGGAGUUUGAAGAGGAGGACGCUGACAAGUGCAAAUCAUAAUGAAACGCAUCCAUGCAGAAAUGGCCGACUGCGCAGCAUCUGACCUGUCUGUAAACAGCAAGUGCCUCUUGACCCUCUAGGUCUCAGAAGGAGGAGCUUUAUUAAGUAAAUGAUUAUGUGAUUGUACUGAAAAGUCUUUAUAUUUACAAAUCAUCUCACAAGAUUUCAUAGAAAUAAAGCUGAGCUCUUUUUU